GAGCCUUGCUCAAAGCUGCCUUCGUCUGCAGCCAGGUUGUGCAGUUCCCCUCGCAGAAGCCCCUGCGGGCCCAGCUGAUGGAGAGCUUCGGGGGUGGGUUUGAAGUGCACACCUGGUCCAAGCUGCCCCAUGGCUCUGGACUUGGCACCAGCAGCAUCCUGGCGGGAGCAGUGAUGGCAUCGCUGUACCGGGCAGCCGGGAAGCUGCCGCUCAGGGUGGAGGUGGAGAAGAUCCCAGUGCCUGACGGUUUCACCCAGACCCUCAACGAUCACUUGCUGCUGGUGUACACGGGGAAGACUCGCCUGGCCCGCAACCUGCUCCAGGACGUGGUGAGGAACUGGUACGCCAGGCUGCCCUCCACCGUGCAAAAUGCCGACGCACUGGUGAGCAACGCCGAGGAGUGCGCCCAGGCCUUGACACAAGGUAACCUGGCGCUCAUCGGCAAGUGUCUGGACCGCUACUGGCAGCAGAAGAAAUGCAUGGCCCCUGGGUGUGAGCCGCUGGCUGUCAGCCGCAUGAUGGAUGCUCUCCGGCCCUACGUCUAUGGGCAGUGCUUGGCUGGGGCCGGAGGCGGCGGCUUCCUCUACGUCUUAACCAAAGCCCCUCGGCAGAAAGAGGCUUUGCACCAAAUUCUAGCAAAAAUCAAGGGACUGGGUAACUUCAGCAUCCACAGCAUCGAAGUGGACACGGGCGGUUUCUCUGUGGAGGGGAAAACGGGUGGCACAGAAAUGCUGCCUCUAGCAGGAACCUUCCUGCUCACCCAGCAGCAGGGGCCCGUGCUGCCCGUCAGCAUGCAGUGCUCCUGCACCAAGGAUGCACCUGGAUGUGGAACUGAGUCCCUGUCCCGUGCCGAGACACUACUUCUGCAGUGA